AGGAGUAAACGUGUGUUUGUGUAGAUAGCGUGGAAUAGCGUAGCGUAGCGUACUUGUGUGUCGCUGCUUUCAUUUAACGCAACUUCUUGAAAUAUAUUUAUUUAACAGAAAUCAUGCCGAAAGUACGACGAAGCAAGAAACCGCCGCCGGAUGGUUGGGAGCUAAUCGAACCGACUCUGGAGGAAUUGGAGCAAAAGAUGCGCGAAGCCGAGACGGAGCCUCACGAAGGCAAGAGAAAACAGGAAUCCCUGUGGCCGAUAUUUAAAAUUCAUCAUCAGAAAUCUCGAUACAUAUACGACUUGUUUUACAGGAGAAAGGCGAUCAGUCGCGAAUUGUACGACUACUGUUUGAACGAGAAUAUCGCUGACAAAAACUUGAUCGCCAAAUGGAAGAAGGUCGGCUAUGAAAACUUGUGCUGCCUGCGCUGCAUUCAGACGAGAGACACGAAUUUCGGCACGAACUGCAUCUGCAGAGUGCCGAAGGGCAAGCUCGAGGAAGGCCGGAUAGUGGAAUGCAUACACUGCGGCUGCAGAGGAUGUUCCGGUUGAAUGCGACACUCGAUAUUCACUCGCAACACGUGAGCGUUUUUCCGGAAGGCAGAGAUCAUGAUGACCGCACCGCAACGCAUUCUCGGCAGGCGCAUCAGU